AUGAGCCUGAAAAGCCAAAAGAGAAAACUAACAGCCCCUGCGCCUGAGCCUGCUCCAGGGCCUGCAGAGCCGCCAAAACAAGACAAGCGUAAGGUUACUUUUGCUGACCCACCAAAACCGGCAGCCGAGGCGCCUGAACGGUUGCCGUGCUCCCCACCGGCAGCUUAUCCGAACCCAGUUGUAAUGUGUUGCAGGGAAUGCUACGAGAGAAGCGGAGGGGGGCCAUGUUACCAAGUAGGCGGCGAGUAUGGAAGGCGAAGAUAUUAUGAUGGAUAUUACGAAAGGCCAGUGUAUGAUAGCCGGGGUGGCGGCGAUUGUUACAGAGUUGAUAGAUGGGAUUACUUUAGCGAUGAAAAUCCUAAUGCAGCUUGCACGAUCAUGCAAAAAGUAAAGGUGGUGGAAGCAUGA